UUCAUCACAAAGCUAUAAUUAUUAAUCUGUAAUAGACGACAACGAUAGUCGAGAUUUUAGUGGUUUUAACUUUAGCCUAUAUCAUCGCGUGGGUCAGCCAUUUUCCAUCAUUUUACGUCGCAGAAAAAGAAACUGUAAUAUCUUGGGCUUGCUUUAAUCAACCAUCAUCAUGUCAUACCGAGGAGGACGUGGAGGAGGUAGAGGUGGUGGUGGUGGUGGAGGGAAGAAACCAUACACAGUAUCAACAAAGCUUUAUAUUGGAAACAUACCCGAAACAUGCAGAAGAAUGGACUUGCAGAAAUUGUUUGAAAACUAUGGCAAAGUUGUUGAAUGUGACAUUGUGAAAAAUUAUGGGUUUGUGCAUUAUGAAAAUGAAGACGAAGCUAAGCAAGCAACUGCAGAAUUGAACAACACAGAAUUUGAGGGCUCAAUAUUGUCAGUUGAGCUGUCACACAGUCGAGUACGGCACAAGCCUGGGAUGGGAGGAAAACAGGAAUGUUACAGAUGUGGAAAAGAAGGUCACUGGUCUAAAGAUUGUCCAAAGGGACCAAGCCGACCAAAAGGUUAUUCUGAUCGCGGACCAGAUCCCUAUGACUACUACAGGGACAGAUAUCCACCCCCACCACCCCCAGACCGUUUCAGACCCUACCCAGAUCCCUAUGACAGGAGACCCCCAUUGCCUAGAGAUCCAUAUGCAGCCUACCCAAGAGAGAGAGAUCCUUACGCAAGACCACCACCAGAGUACUAUGGCAGAAGAGACCCAUAUGCUGCAUAUGACAGAAGGUCAGCGGACCCAUAUUUGGAUGAUUACUACAGAAGGUCUUCAGCAAGCUACUUGCCGCCGCCUCCGGGUACGAGAUUGUCACCAACGCCUCGAGCCCGCGUAGCUCCAUAUUAACGAGAGCGCAGAAGUCGGGACGCGAAGAUCAGAGAUGAUCGACAUUCAACACACUUGUUAACUAGAAGUAUCGUGAAAAUUUGGAGACAGAACGAUUCGUUAGACUUUAAAAGUCUUAAUACGUGCAAAUGAAGACUCAGUGUUUAUAUGUUUUUUUUACAUUGUCAUCGUGGUUUUAUAUUUUAAUUUCAUUUCGUCUUUAUGAACAAUCAUGCGUGUUUAUAUUAAUCAUUUUGUACUUUUAAUUUUGUGCGGGAAUAAUAUAGUAUCAGUUAUUUCGCAAGUCAGUACUGCUUCGUUAGUUCUUUUAUGAAACUUUAUGUUAUUGGAUCUUGUAUGUAAACGUGUUGGUUUCAAAUAAAGAGAUUACCCAUGUCAAACAAA